AUGGCUUUUCUGAUCCAAUCACGUCGGAGACCGAAGCUCGAGACGAAGCAAAAACACGGCGGGAUACGAAAUUCCCAGCCUCCGCCUACACUGGGUUAUUACUGUGUCGAUGAGCUAAAGCAAUGCAACGUCCAGGGCUCAGUCACCACCUAUCGAGUCUGGCUCCUCCGAGCUCUACCCGUGCCGUACAAAUGGUGGACGGCACAGAUACGACAGGCUGGCGAUGGACGAACUGCGCUGACGUAA